AUGUCGCGAGAUCUUCGAAUUCGACUCGCACUCGUCUUGCUUCAAAUCUCGUCAAUCGCUGUGGCACAAGACGGCACGACUACCCAGGACGGCCAGGAUGGCCUCUCGAUUACCAGUCCGAGCUCCAUGCCUUCCUCCACCGACGAUGCAUCUCACAAUCACAAGCAAAACACUGGCGACCUCGUUCAGUACUACUUCGUCUUCCUGGCACUCAUAAUAUGCGUCGCCGGACUCGCGGCAUUUCUGAUGUGGAGAAGAAGACGGAAAAUGGGAGCGAUCGUACGAGCGAGCAGGGAAGAUGCGUUGGAGAGGGACCUGAAUGGUUGGGAUUCGGUGCGGGCAAGACGACGAUACUGGCAGGGACGAUGGCGCUCAGUUGAUGGGAGCAGGGAGGAAGGGUUGAAUGAGCACGGCGAAGCCCCUCCACCCUAUGUGCCCAAGACGAGUGAUGAGGAAGGACAGAGAGGCAGGGACAAUGAGCCGGCUGUACCGCUGCAGACGCUGUCUAGAGAGCAGGCUGGUCUGAAGCCGCCGGACUAUACGGAGGUGAAUGUGAGCGAGACCGGAAGGACGUCUACUGCGAGCAGGUCAAGCAACACUCUUCAGCCUCCACAGCAGACACAUCGCGAGAUUUAG